AUGUCUCAUAUUGAUCAUAUUGAAGAUGUUUAUUCAAAAAGGCCAAUUUCGACAGAUAUGUAUUUUAAUCCAAGUAACGAACAUGAAGACAAUAUAGACAAUAUGCAAAUUCAACCUGAUGAUGAUGAUGAUGCUCUAUGGUUGCAAAAUGAUAAUUAUAACGAACAAUAUUCGGAUGAUUCUUUUAAUGUUAUUAAACUUGAAGAUGAAAAUGAAAUACUUAAAGAUAAAAUUAUUAAACUUGAAUAUGAAAAUGAAAUACUUAAAGGUAAAAUUCAAGAAACUAAUGAUAAUUUUGACCAAUUCAAAAUAUUAUAUAAUGAAUUAGACAAUAAUUAUAAUAUCUUGAUAAAUGAAAACAAUAAAUAUCAAAACGAAAUAAAAUUGUAUGAACAAAAUAUUGAUGAUUUACAAAAGAAAUAUGAAGAUUUAACAAAUAAAACCAGUAAAGAACAUAAAGAACAUCAAAUGAUUAUUAAAAAAUUCAAUGAUAUCAAAGAAACUGAAGGUCAACAAUUACAAAUCAAAAUUGAUUCACAAGAGCAAAGAAUUGAUCAAUUACAACAAUCUUUGGAAUUAAAAGAUAAUGAAAUCCAAAAUCUAAAAAAUGAAAAUGAAAUACUUAAAGAUAAAAUUCAAGAAACUAAUGAUAAUUUUGACCAAUUCAAAAUAUUAUAUAAUGAAUUAGACAAUAAUUAUAACAUCUUGAUAAAUGAGAACAAUAAAUAUCAAAACAAAAUAAAAUUGUAUGAACAAAAUAUUGAUGAUUUACGAAAGAAAUAUGAAGAUUUAAAAAAUAAAACCAGUAAAGAACAUAAAGAACAUCAAAUGAUUAUUAAAAAAUUCAAUGAUACCAAAGAAACUGAAUGUCAACAAUUACAAAUCAAAAUUGAUUCACAAGAGCAAAGAAUUGAUAAAUUACAACAAUAUUUGGAAUUAAAAAAUAAUGAAAUCCAAAAUUUAAAAAAUGAAAAUGAAAAAUUAAAUAAUAAAAUUGAAAAUUUAAAUAUUAAAAAUGAAAAUUUAGAGAAUCAAUUAAAAGAUCUUUUUCAACAAAAUUUAUUAUUAAAAGAAGAAGCACAAUGUGCUAUUAUAACAGCAACAAAUUUUGGUUUAAAUGACGAUUAUCAAAAACUUAAUAUCAAACUUAACAAAGAUAUUUUAUCAUUACAAAAUACUUUAGAUAAUUAUGUUACAAAUUUGAAAUCUAAUAUAGAUAUUAAUAUAAAUGAAGUAAAGGAACUUUUACUUAAAUAUGGAUGUCAAACUGUGAUUUCCGAUAAAAAACCGAACAAAUCACUUAUCAGAGCUGUCUUACAACGUCACGUGCUUGAAGAAAUACUUAAACAAUCGGAUUUCUAUUUUACGUGUUCCAGUAAAGAACAUCAUUUAGAAUCAAACAUAAUCUCUCAAACUACUUUAUUGACUAACUUGAUGAAAAAAUUUCAUAAUGAACGACUUGGUGAUAACGAUUUAACUAAUCUUAUGUUGAUAAGAUUACGUCAACAUGUUUAUAACGCUCUUAGUAUACGAGGAUUUAAUAAUAUUAAACAAUCUGAUGGUGAAAAUUCUAAACAUAAUUUUGUUGAUAUGAUAUCUAAAAAAAUCAACGAAGUAAUAAAUAAAUAUCGUAUAAUUAAAGAUAUUGAAGAGAACAAUUACGUGAAUGAAAUGGCAGAAGAUUUAGUUCGAAAUGUCAUUAAAACCUUUUAUUUCCAUUUGUUUAUUCAAGAACCAAUAGCUCAAUAUCGUUGGAUUAAAAAUAACGAAAAGUUCAAUAAAUCUUACAUGAAAGGUAGUUGGGACGAGGAUAAUGUUGAAAAUAUGGUUGUUGAAAUUUGUUCAUUUCCUCUGAUUUUUAAAACUUCUGAUUCUGAUGAUUUUAAAGUUUUUACUCCUGCAAAAGUUUUACUACGUCAAGAAAAUUCGAUGAAUGCAGAAAAUAACGAUGAUGAUAAUGUUUCAAUUUUCGAACAGACUAAACAAACUCUUCUGAACGUGAUGGGACGUGAUGGGAAUAGUGGGUCUAGUGGAUCGAAAUUAAGCCAAUUUAUGCAACAAAUGAAGUUGAAGUGA